CAGGAAUAGAGUGCAAAAUGUUCAGCACGAACUGAGCAAAGUCUCUGCGCUGCUCCAGUCCGAAGAAGAGGCAAAAAGGCUAGUAGAAGAGCAGUUAGCAUUCUUUAAUGCCCGCGUCACGUUUUCGGAGAGGAAGAUCGAGCUGACGAAGCAAAACGAAGAACUGCAAGAAGAGUGCUUCAUCGUGGAGCAAGCCUA